UUUUCCGUCCACUCUCUCCCCCUCCCCAACACCUCUUGGGCUCGUCGAGCUUCGUGCGACCGAGCGCCGGGGGCGAGGGGGCGUCCGGGAAGGGGGAGGGGGCCUCGCGAGACCCCUCCCCGCGUCCCGGGCCCCGGCGCUGAUUCACCGGCGAGGUAUUUGCAUCUGAGAGCGAUUUGUCACCCGGUGAUUUGUCUGCGGGGCGGUUUCUGCAAACACGUGAAUGAGCCACCCACCAGCCGCCCCUGGUGUGAGAAGGAGGCAUCGCCCCCCUGCCACUGGCAUGCCCCACCAGCCCUCAGCCUGAGCCCGGCGGCCCCCGCCCCUGCCCCCCUGCCACCCUGCACUGCCCCGGCUCCCCCGCGGCCCCCACACUGCAGUGCGGCCGGGCCCCCUCCCCACAGGGGCCGCCCCCGCCGCCCACUCCUGGUGCCCGGGGCGGCCCGGCCCGCAGGGCCAUGAAGCUGCAGGCUGUGAUGGAGACGCUCCUGCAGCGGCAGCAGCGGGCACGCCAGGAACUGGAGGCCCGGCAGCCACCGCCACCGCCUGAGCCCCCGGCUGGCCCCCCAGCCCGUGCCAGGGCUGCCCCAGACGAGGACAGGGAGCCUGAGAACGCCCGGAUGCAACGGGCGCAGAUGGCUGCUCUGGCUGCCAUGCGGGCUGCUGCUGCAGGCCUCGGGCAUACGCCCAGCCCUGGCGGCUCGGAGGAUGGGCCCCCUGGCUCAGAGGACGAGGACCCAGCCCAGGAGGAGGCACCAGUCUCUCCUGGCCGAGGCAGGGAUGCUGUGGGCCUCCCCGAAGGCGACAGCCACUUCGAGGAUGCAGGCUCAGACGAUGACCUGAAGCCGAAAUGGGAGGAGGAGGAGGAGGAGGAUCUGGAGGAAGACCUGGGGGACGAGGAGGAGGAGGAGGAGGAGGAUGAGGACUAUGAGGACGAGGAGGGGCUCGGGCCUCCGGGCUCCGCCGGCCUAGGCCCCACAACCCUGUUCCCUCGCAAGGCCCAGCCACUCCAGGCAUUCCGAGGAGACGGUGGGUCCCGGGCUCUGGGAGGCCAGGAGCGCCCAGGGGCUGGCCCAGCCCACCCUGGAGGGGCUGCCCACGUGGCUCCCCAGCUACAGCCGCCUGACCACGGGGACUGGACCUACGAGGAGCAGUUCAAGCAGCUCUACGAACUGGACGGGGACCCCAAGAGGAAAGAGUUCCUAGACGACUUGUUCAGCUUCAUGCAGAAGCGAGGGACGCCCGUGAACCGCAUCCCCAUCAUGGCCAAGCAGGUGCUGGACCUGUUUAUGCUGUACGUGCUGGUAACAGAGAAGGGUGGCCUGGUGGAGGUCAUCAACAAGAAGCUGUGGCGUGAGAUCACGAAGGGCCUCAACCUGCCCACAUCCAUCACCAGUGCUGCCUUCACCCUGCGCACCCAGUACAUGAAGUACCUGUAUCCCUAUGAGUGCGAGAAGCGUGGCCUCAGCAACCCCAACGAGCUCCAGGCGGCCAUCGACAGCAACCGGAGGGAGGGCCGGCGCCAGAGCUUUGGGGGCUCCCUCUUCGCCUACUCGCCGGGCGGGGCCCACAGCAUGCUCUCCUCACCCAAGCUGCCUGUGCCCUCCCUGGGCCUGGCUGCCAGUACCAACGGCAGCUCCAUCACUCCUGCCCCCAAGAUCAAGAAAGAGGAGGACUCAGCCAUCCCCAUCACAGUCCCUGGCCGCCUGCCAGUCUCCCUGGCAGGCCACCCCGUAGUGGCGGCCCAGGCAGCAGCAGCUCAGGCAGCCGUGGCGGCACAGGCAGCUGCCCUGGAACAGCUCCGGGAGAAGCUGGAGUCCGGGGAGCCUCCAGAGAAGAAGAUGGCUCUGGUGGCAGAGGAGCAACAGCGGCUCAUGCAGCGAGCGCUACAGCAGAACUUUCUGGCCAUGACGGCCCAGCUGCCUAUGAGCAUCCGGAUCAACAGCCAAGCCUCUGAAAGCCGCCAGGACUCAGCUGCAAACCUGACCAGCACCAAUGGCAGCAACAGUAUUAGCAUGUCAGUAGAGAUUAACGGAAUCAUGUACACAGGAGUGCUGUUCGCCCAGCCACCGGCCCCCACGCCACCCUCAGCUCCCAGCAAAGGUGGAGGUGGCGGCAACCGGGGAGGAAACAGUGGGACCAGCAGCAGCAGCAGCAGCAGCAGCACCGGCAGUGCAGGCAGCCAGGCCGGGCCAGCAGGGUUGUCUGCACCUACCACAUCUUCUACCUCAAAUAACUCAUUGCCUUAACCGCAACACUCCCCACCCUGGGAGCCUGCCAGACUGGGCAGGGGGUCGAGGUGGGCCAAGCAGGGGCCGGGAUGGCGGAAGAUACGGGUGGGGAGGGGAGAGAUCCACAUAGGAGCCACAGCUAACGCCAAAAAGAAGAGAAAAAUAUAUAUACAUAUAUAUAUAUAUAAAGAAAAUUUAAUAAAACAGGGGAAAACCAAGGAACACUUGAAUUACUCAGGUUUCGGACAUUCAGAGAGAUGAAUUGUGAGAACAGCUAAGGAAAUCAGCAAGGAGAGAGGCAGAUGUCUCCUAGGGCUUUCCGGCAGCCCUGGUGGACCCCCAUGGACUGGUGUCUGGUGUCUGAUCUGGACAGGCCGAUCCUGUUUACCUCAUACAUCCCUGCACUGUUUUUUCAUUUUUAUGUUUUUUUUUUGUUUGUUUUGUUUUGUUUUCUGUUCAUCACACACUUACCACACCCAGCUCCUUGUGUUGAAUGAAACCCCUGAGCCAAGAUCAGUUGAAUUUUUUUUGCGUGUUGCUUUCGGGAACUUUUUUUUUUUUUAAAGAAAUAGCCAAAUUCAAACUCUAUAGGAUUUUUAAGAGGUUUUGGGGGUUUUAUUUUGUAAAUAUUCUAUUUUAUUCUUGGGGGAGGAAUCAAACCUAGGAAAAGGAUAUAUAUAUCUCUAUAUAUUUGUGUUCAUUCAGGGAAACUGAACUUGAAAAAGCAAAAAAAAAAAAAAAAGCAAAAAAAAGUAAUACCUUUUUUAUUUUUCCCAUGACUGAUUUGGGUUCGGUUGUGCGUUUCCUGUGGUGCAGUGGGCAGCUGGCCAGCGCAGGACACUGGAUCCCUGGGCUAGAGCCAGCAGAGCCAAUGAACUCAGGUGCUGUGGGCCGGGCUGGGGGGAGGGUGCAUGCAGGGGGUGGUCUGCGGGGGAAGGGGCACAGGAAUGCUGAAUGGCAGGCUGAUGGUGACAGCGUCGCCAGUACUUGUUCUCUUCUCAUGCUCUGGGUCCUUUAGGGACCCCGGAAGUCUUAACUCCAAGGAGAAAGUGCUGGGAGGGGGCUCGGCCUGUCAGUCCCAGGCUCCUUUCUCAGGGAUGAAUGCAGCCUGGGGACCCCCGGGCCUGAAAGGGCUGCUUUUGGAGACUGUCGAUACUGGGGGGCGGGGUGAGCCGGCCUUAGCUCAGGGCUAGGUUUUUGGGGCCGCAGCACCCUGAAUACCUCACCUCCUCAUCCUCGACUCCCUAACUCUGUCCCUUCUUACCUGCUAGAGGCCAGGUGCCCUGCGGUAACUAAAGGAACUAAAUAGAAGCUCCUUCCUCCACGACCUGGCCCCGUCCCCCGGUCGGAAGGUGGGCUACGGCAUCUGAUGCACCUGUGUGGGCGGCUGGGUGGGGUUUGGGGUCCUGGGGGACCAGAUAGUUGGGUAGGGCUGUGGUUCCCACACAGCGCUUUUUCACGUUUCUCUGGGGCUGGGGGAAGGGUGGGAUUAGCUCAGCUGUCCCCAGGGUGAGCCUGGAAUCUCUAAUUGGGCCCCCGGGAGCUGGGCCUAAGGAGUCCGGAAGGGCAGGGCACCCCCUCCUCCUCGCCUCGACGCAGGCGUCACCUUGUUGCCUUGGAAACGUUGGGGGUGGUCCUGAAUCCCCAGUCUCACAGGGGUUUGCCUUCGUGUGGCUCCGAGCUGUGUCUCUGGGGGGAGCCCCUUCCUUUGGUAUAUCUCAGGGUCUCUGACGCUCGCCCUUCCAGGAGGAGUGGCGCUGGGCACAGGGCUUUCCUCCCGCUUUUCCUUCUGGAAGGUUCUCCCCCUCCAGUCUCUCACUGCAGCGGCACAAUCAUUGUGGGGGGGGAGUCCUUUUGUUCCCCAGACACAAUCUGCCCCCCACCCACGCUUGCUCGCCAUCUUCCCGUUCUCCCCUCCUCCAACCUGACCUCGGAGCAAGGGUCGCCCUCUGGGCACCUCCCACUCAAAUCUGCCGACCUUGUGGGGUGGGCGGGGGGCUGUCUGCUCUGAGUUUCUUUCUACCUCAGGUCUGACUGUUGAUGCCAAAACACCCGCCCACCUGCCCCCUUCCCCAGCCACUAGCUCAGGGCUUUCAGCGGGUACUGUCCUGGGUCCCACCUUCCUGCUUCCAGGUUGCCCGCUGGCCCUAGUGUGCAUAGGGGCGCCGCCCAGAUCUAACUCAGGGUGUGCCUGCUGCGCAAGGCUGAUUGUAGGGGACAGGUGGGGGCGUGGGCCCAGGAGGGCCACCCCCUCCCCCAAGCAUGAAUAGGCUUCUGGAGGGCCGCCUCGGCCUGGGGCACCCCCAGCAGCCCCUCCCACUCAACCCUGCCCUGCCGUCGCCUGUUGGGAGGGUUUCUGGUUCAUCACCCUUUAUGCAAACCCAGGUGGGGACAAGGGCUGUUUAUUCUGGAAUGGAUGGGGCUUAGCAGCAUGCCGUGCAUGGGGACUCCCAAAACUCAGGAUCAACAGGGGCACCCCUACUUUGGAGAUACUUUAUGGAUGGGCUGCUUCUAGAACCUUCCUUGUGACCUCUAUACCGGCCGCAGGGCUGUAGCUGUCCGGCUGUGGGGGGGGCGGGGGCGGGGGUAGGGGUCGGGGCACGGGGCGGUGGGUUGGUUUGUAAUAGUUGUGCGUUUGUACAGUCACUUUUCUCACUGUUAGCAUUUUUGCCCACUACCAUCCUUUUUUUUCCUUAAUUUUGCUUCUGCAUUUUUUUUUUCUCAGCAAACACGAAUUCAGCCUUUCAUUCCUGACAUGUGAAAUUUCAGUUUCUCUGGGGUUUGUCAGAUGGCGUGGAGACCACGCCUGAACUCAGGUUAAAGGGGGAAAAAAAACUUCCAAUAAAAAGAUGUAAAUCUACUCUCUACCUCUGGCCGGGCCCAGCCUGCCGCCGCGCCCUGGCCGCCCUGGCCGCGGCCGGGCAGCCUGUGAUGAUUUAUUUCAGUUUUUGCAGAACAUUCAGGUAUUAAAAGGGAGGGAAAAAAAAAAAAAAAAAAGACCAAAAAAAAAGGUAAAAAGAAAAAAUAAGGUGUGAUUUUGAAAUUUAAAAGAACACUGAAAGUUUACAUUUUAUAACAUUAUUAUGCAGAUUGUAUUUAAACUUCAGAAAUAUUUAAGACAAUUGUAACCCUGUAAAGCUGAUGAAAUAUUAAAACGAGACAAAACACUUCUGACUUUUAACAGAAAA